AUGCGCUUCCUUCAUAUUUUCCGCAGCUUCGCCGUGACCAUAAUCCUUUACUCGUGGUCGAUGAUGAACAGCCUCGCCAUCAGCGAUGUUCUUCAAGAAAUCGCCUCAUCCCUGUUCGCAGGUAGGGAAGGAGGCCUCUAUCAGCUGGAAGCCAGCCCAAUGGGUCCCUACCAAACCAAGCACUAUGCAAAAGUUCUGCAAGCUCGCGUCAAAGACCUAGGCCUCAGCACUCGACGAUACGUUCAAGGAUUCAUGGUUCCGUACGACGAUACAGGUCAUCUUGACUGGAUACGCAAAGAGCUCAACAGAAACCACCAACGUGAGCGCCUCGUCUACCUCGAUCAGACACCACAUAAGCGAAAGGUGCAUGCGUUGCUUCUGGACAGUGCUUCGUCAACGUCGCCAAAUAUCGCUGUCGUCUCCACACCGCAUGUUUGGAAGUCGCUGGAUCAAAAGAUCCAAUUGCACACAUUUGCUCAGGUCCCAGGGCUUGAGGAUGCAGAGAUCCACGACAGGCUGAACAAGGACUUCAAUUAUGUUCAGUUAGACUCACUCGCUCGAAAUGCCUUUCAAAAACGCCUCAAUCGGAGUUUGACAAUCUGCUGA